UGGUGAGAGAGAGCGUCAUUUGUUAUGGAAGAUGUCAUUCGUAAGAGGAGCUAUGAUAACUGCGUCAAAGUCAAAAGUAUUGAACCUCGCUAGGGCAUCUACUCUCCUGUGCAACCACAGUGUGAGACAACAGCUGCAUCCACUUCCUCAAACAGCCUUGAAGCCCCUUUACACACCGGGGCUUCAUGGCUUCAGCAGCACCUCCACCUCCACCUCCACCCAGCAGAGGACGGCUGUGUCGGAUACAGUACAGCUGACUGAGUCCUGUGUGAAGAGACUAGAGGAAAUUAUGGGUAAAGGCGAGUAUCUGAGAAUACACGUGGAGGGGGGAGGCUGCUCCGGGUUCCAGUACAAGUUUUCUGUUGACAACAACAAGAAUGAAGAUGACAGAGUGUUUGAACAGGGAGGAGUGGGCAUUAUUGUUGACCAGGACAGCCUGGAGUUUGUGAAAGGAGCCACUGUGGACUUCACCCAGGAGCUGAUCCGCUCCACCUUCCUCGUGCUCCAGAAUCCUCAAGCCGAUCACGGCUGCUCCUGUGGCAGCUCCUUCUCUGUCAAACUAUGACCCUGUGUCAAUGUUACUUGAAACCCUGAUUUACCAGUUUAUGUACAAAAUACAAUUAAAUAUCAUAGACGCAUUUAAACAUAAUCACUUCUAACUGCUAGUUUUUUAAGUCUGAAACAGUUGACCUGAAUAAAAGGCAGAAGUAUAUAUUCAUCAUUUUGCUGUUUUGCAGAUAGUGACAGUGUAUGCUCAUAGAUAGCUGAGUUCACAAUAUUCAACUAAUCUGUCAUGUGUUCAAUCCAAAACAGAGGCUCAAUUGAGGUGUUUGAGCAUGCAGUGCUUAGACUUGCCUUGCGUGUAAAAUAUGUAAAUAGACUAAAUCUAUGAUUGCAGAGAGCUAAGUUAUAUUGUAUUUGUUUCAUCUAAAAUAAAAUUGAGUGAAUUUCAGAAA